UACUUAUCAAAGUGUUAUCAGUAAACCUGAUGAGUACUGUUGCAUUGUGGGAUACAUGAUUGACGCGGCGGCCAUUUUCCCGCUGAUCGCCUGUUUCCAUUGUAGAAAGGAGGAACAAAAUAGAGACGCGCCGCUCACUUUAACCCCCGGUGAUCAGUAAGCAACAUGGCUCGUACAAAGCAGACUGCCCGUAAGUCCACUGGAGGCAAAGCUCCACGUAAGCAGCUGGCCACAAAGGCUGCUCGGAAAAGUGCCCCCUCCACCGGAGGGGUCAAGAAGCCCCAUCGCUACAGGCCUGGAACUGUGGCUCUGCGAGAGAUCCGUCGUUACCAGAAGUCCACCGAGCUGCUGAUCCGUAAGCUCCCCUUCCAGCGUCUGGUCAGAGAGAUCGCCCAGGACUUCAAGACAGACCUGCGUUUCCAGAGCGCCGCCAUCGGAGCUCUGCAGGAGGCCAGUGAAGCCUACCUGGUGGGUCUGUUUGAGGACACCAACCUGUGCGCCAUCCACGCCAAACGUGUCACCAUCAUGCCCAAAGACAUCCAGCUGGC